CACACUCUACCACAAUGCAGAUUGAAUGCGAGGGGGGGGGGGGCGUGUGGGGCAGUAAUCUGCGGUGACGCCACUAAUCCCCACGCUACAAAAAUCACAGCUCUACGCCCCCGUCCCGUACACGUCUGACGCUUCUCAUUCGCCUCAAAACAGUUUUGUCUUUCAGACUGCAGCGACCCCGGUGUGGCACUCAGCGGACAUGGCUGUUGUUAGUGGAAGUUACCGCAUGGUGUCCGAGGAGGAGCAGGCCCUGCGGGCCAAGCUGGAACGCCUCACCGUCAAGGACCACGGGCCGGUGUUCGGACCCAGCCCCAGCCUGCCGGACCACACCCGGCAGAAGGCCAAAGACGAGCUGAACGAGACGGACGAGAAGCGCGCGUCUGCGGUCAAGGAGCUGCGGGGGAUAAUCAAGGAGAAGGCCGACGCGGGAGACGAGCUGGCCAAGGGGGUGCAGGACACUUUCGGGGAGAAACCGGACAGUCUGCUGGUCCGCUUCAUCCGGGCCAGGAAGUACGACGUUCCCAGAUCCUUCGAGCUCAUGAAAGGUUACGUGCGCUUCAGGAAGGAGUACCCCGAGCUGUUUGAGAACCUGACGCCCGAGGCGGUGCGGAGCACCAUCGAGGCGGGCUACCCGGGCAUCCUCCAAAGCCGAGACAAGUACGGCCGCGUGGUACUGCUCUUCAACAUCGAGAACUGGGACUAUGAAGAGAUCACCUUCGACGAGAUCCUGCGGGCCUACUGCGUGAUCUUGGAGAAGCUUCUGGAGAACGAGGAGACUCAGAUCAACGGCUUCUGCAUCAUCGAGAACUUUAAAGGCUUCACUAUGCAGCAGGCGUCGGGCAUCAAACCCACCGAGCUCAAGAAGAUGGUGGACAUGCUGCAGGACUCGUUCCCGGCUCGCUUCAAGGCGGUGCACUUCAUCCACCAGCCGUGGUACUUCACAACCACCUACAACGUGGUCAAGCCCCUCAUGAAGAGCAAACUUCUGGAGAGGGUCUUUGUGCACGGAGAUGAGCUGGAAAACUACUACAAGGAGUUUGACGCCGACAUCCUCCCCGCCGAGUUUGACGGAAAAGCGGACAACUACGACGGCAAAGCCACGGCAGCCAAGUUGUUUGACUAAAAGCCCGAGCCGCGUUUACAUUCCAUAGACUGCUGAGAGGAUGUUGCCUUGUUGUCAUUUUUUUUUGGGGGUGGGGGGGCAGUGUCCAGACCAAGCCCAUAAAUCACCCACAAAAUAGUUGCUUCAAAUCGACUUUCUGUUCAAAUUUGGGCAUUGGUCCUUGAGACUAUUUUGUCCUGAUUAACCUUUCCCCCCAAUUUCAUAUCGAUUGAUGAAGCAACAUAUAUUUUUUUCAAACUUGCCAGAUCUCUUUGUCAUCAAAUUUACCCCCAAAAUUUCUGCUUCUAACCAAAACGGCUGACUUCCUCUUCAAUUUCAGGCACCAGUUCUUGAGACUUUUUUGUGCAUCCAGUCCUGAUUGACAUGUCCAUCCAAUUUUGUGCUGAUUGGUGAAACUGGUUUCAGGGGGUGCAUUUUUUUUCAUUCCAGCCUCAUUUUCUCGGAAUUUGCUCCCAAAAUGGCUUCUUCCAGCCAAAAUGGACAACUUCCUGUUCCAUUUCCAGCUAUGGGGUCCUUCAAACUUUGUGCGCCUCAUCAUGACAGACGAGUCCACCAAAUUUUGUGUGGAUUGGAGAGACCAGUGUCAGGUCAGAUUCCACCCCCCCACCCCAAAAAAGGUUACAUAGUGCUAUUGAGUGGAUGCCCCCCCCCCCAAAAAAAAGUGAUUAUUUGUUGGAAGAGGGUGUUUAACUACUCAACUGCGGAUGAGGAAGGCAUCCGUGGUGUCAUCCCCAUCUGUGGUGUCUUAGCUCCUUGAAACUUGUUCUUGGGCUUUGUUUGGACCCCCGUUGAGCCUCCAAACAGUUUAUUUUAAAGCAGCAAGUGUGUCCCCCAUCCAUCCUUGCCCCAUAGUGCCUGCUGUUCGCCACCGUUUACGACGAUGAAAUGUUACUGUGCUACCUACCUGUUGUACCAACACUGUCAAUCAAUUGUACAGUAAGGUGUAUAUAAACGUGGA